AUGCCACGAAAAAAUGCCAUGCGUGAUAAUGUAUCUGCUGUUCGUUCUCAAUUACCUCAUUUAUCUAAUCUUUCACGUGAAAAAAUUGAACUUGCAUUACUUUACUAUGAAUUAAAUGUGGAUGAAACAGUUGAAGCAUUUAAACGAAAUGGAGCUAUCGAAGCUCUUAGUGGUUGGACUGAAAUGAGCAAUAGUCGUGGAAAUAAUUCCACGAAACGGGCAAACAGUAAACCUACUACUCGAGAUAACAAAACAACAUCAUCAUCUAAUGGUAUUUUACGUCCAUCUCAACGUGUUUCAAAUAUAUUUCAAACAUUUGCUGAAGGUGGCAUACCAACAAUUACUACGAAUGGAAAUACAUCAAUAUCAAAUACAGAAACUUCUCUAUCAUCAUCAUUUCACGAACAAUCAAACAAUAAUCUUGAAACAUAUCCAUCAACUGAUCUUUCAUUUCGUCCAUGUCUCAGUCAAGAUUUAACCACAAAUAAUUCUCAAUCAUUAGUAAAUGGUAUUGAAUCAACAGAAAAUAUUUUUCAUGAUGCAUCUAAUAUAACAAUAAAUGAUGAAAUUAAUUCAUUAACAAAUCAUAUUGAUCAAGGUAAUCAUAAUAUCAAUGAAACAAAUGGAUAUAAUGGAAAAUCAAAACGUCGACGAAAUAUAAGAGAUAGUAAUGGUUCAACAUCAUCAAUGACAUUAAGUCAUGAAUCAACUCAACAAUCAUUAUCUAAUGAUAUUCAACAAUCAACGAAUAAUUCAAUCACAACUACAACAAAACCAGUGACAAAACCUUCUUCGUCUUCAAAUACAACAACAUUUAGUAAUAAUAGAAAACUUCUUACAAAAUCUACUAAAGAUCUUCAACGUCAAACAUCAACAUUAAGUAAUGUUGAAUUAUCAUUUGAAAAUGAAAUAAAAUCUUCUGUAAAACGGAUUGAUGAUGUAUUCAAACAAAUUCGUGAAAUAAUUAAAGAACGUGAAGUUGAAUUAUAUUUAGAAAUCGAUAAAGUUAAAGAACAAGGUUUAAAUAUAAUUCAUAAUCGACAACAACGUGCUAUUGAAUUACGUCAACGUAUGGAUCGUUGUGAUCGUCUUGAACCAUUAGAAGUUGAUCAUCUUCGAAAUGAUGUCAAACAAUUUGUUACCGAACGUCGUUAUGAUUUAGGUGAAGAAUUAACAUCAUCACAUCGUUUUCAAUAUGAUCAAACAAUUAUUGAUGCAUUAAAAAAUUUUGGAACAGUUUUAAGAAUUGAUAGAAAAUAUGAUCGAUCACGUACUUUAUCAUCAUCAUCAUCAUUAGUAGAACAAAAUAGUACAACAGUAGAAAAAACUCUACCAGAAAAAUCUAUAGAAAAUAUUCAAACACAAUUAAAUAAUGUUCGAGUAUCAUCAUCAACAUUAAAUGAACAUAUGUCUUCUAAUAAUCAACAAAAACCAUUACCACAAAGAAUUAAUCACAAACAUAAUUUUAAUGAUAAUAAUAAUAAUAAUGGUAAUUAUCAUGAAAAUUCUCAUGUUCCAUCAUUAGUUAAUGGUUUUUAUCAAUAUUAUGAUGAUUCAAAUAAUUAUCAAAAUGUAAAUUAUCGUCGUCGGCCACAACAACAAAAAUAUCCUCAACAUUUUAAUGAAAAUACUCGUCGUACACGUCCAAAACCAUCAUCUAAUAAUAAUAAUCGUCGCAACGGUUUCAAUAACAGUGAGAUAAAAACUACCCACCGUCAACUUCAAUCAUCUCAAACAAUAGCUCCACCUAUAAGCAAUGAAUAA